GAAGCUGAAGAGGCAGCAAAGGAUGAGGGCGACAAUGAUGAUCAAGACAUGCAACAGGGCUCGACAGCUAGCCUAACGAAGUGCUCAAUAUGUCAGAGUACCUUUCGGCGACCGGAGCACCUGAAGCGCCAUUUUCGCAGUCAUACAAAAGAGAAGCCGUUCGAGUGCGCGCAGUGCGGCCGUCAUUUUUCGAGAACAGAUACACUGCAUCGGCAUGAGCUCAGCCACCAUAACGCUGGAAUGGAAGGCGGGAAGGAUCGUACCCAUCGCAUCACCGUGAAGACGUUCCGGGCUUGCUAUAAAUGUGCAGUCGCACGAUAUCCAACCGAGCGGCGUUCGAAAGCUAAGGCCCGGAAAGAGGCGGCGCAGUUAUCCAUGGUCCAAGAUGAAGAGUUAAACGGGCAGUCUUCUUUCGCCGUACCAUCAACACCCGCUGAAGACUCUGCUGCACGUUCCCCUCAUGGUGGUGAAUCGUCUCCUGCAAAGCCUCUCCAGUACCGAAUGACGCAGUUUCAGCUUCAGUUGCCCGGAACGAAUCUGCUACACAGGGAUGACCCGUCAUCACCUGUAGUACCAGCCGUUUCACAUCAUGGAGAAGCUCCCGUGACAUUGUCGACUAAUCCACAAAGCAAUGCACCACAGGUCAAUGCGAUAGAGCUGUCCGCUCGACCCAAUUUAGGCGCAUCGAAAGGAAUAUCUGAUAUAAGCCAGACUACGUCGCAUAACUCCGCUGGCAUCAAAUCUCAAUCAAGAGAAUCACGGAGAUCUUUAUCGCUCGCGCAAGGCGUACAAUUGGUCGAUCAAAUGGCAGAGCCCGUGAGCACGACUAGCGCCUCACGUCCAAUUCCAGUCAGUCUGAGCCAUGAUGCAAAUAUACCAACGACACGAAAUCACCAGGCAGAGCUAGGGUCGAUGGGAUCUUUCCUGGACACGAUCAAUUCAGCUGGUCCUGCGAUGAACUGGCUGCCGGGCGAGGUGCCCUAUGAUACAUUCAUCGAGCGUACGCAUACAGCAAUCCCUGCCGCCUACGCGGGGCAGGACGUCCGCGAUGGAUUCAUGAACUAUUCGUCAUGGCUUCCCCCGGUGAUGCAUACAGCUAAUGGGAGUCAAGAGCAAAUGUUCCAGUCUUCUUUGAGACACGCCUCGAUAAGUAGUGACAAGAACAGCCCUGAGAAGCCAGGACGCUCGACGCUGUCUAGCGCUACGAAACGACCGGCGACUCUAUCAGAGGAUAGAGCCGAACCCCGACAGUCGAAAUCAAGACGGCAGCAAGACACCUGGUCAGACUUCUCCACAUUGACUCCUGAUGGCUUUUUCUCUACCGGAAGAGAAAAUCUGCCUCGUCGGUUCUUGUUCCCUAUUAUUGAAGACUCUGCCAUGCAUGAUAUUCAGAUUGGUCCCAGGCAGCUGAUCGAAUCAUUGACAUACGGCAAGAUUCACAAGGCUUUCAUUCAAUUUUGUUGCACAGAAAGCAUUCUCUUCUCGCCAUUCGAAUCUGAAUAUUUCCCGAGUGCCACCGUGCUUUCCGAAUUUCUUCAUCUCUACUUUCAUCAUUUCCAACCCGUUUAUCCUAUGUUCCACCCACCCACAUUCAACGCAAACACAUGCCACUGGGUAGUGACCUUGGCGCUGGCGGCCAUAGGUAGCCACUAUGCUAGGCUUCACGAGUCCGAUGAGUGCGUUUCUGCGUUCCACGAGUUUCUCCGUCGAGCUAUCAUGGUAGAGAAAGAGAGAUCUAGUCUCGACCAGGCACCGCUUUGGCUAGUUCAGGCAAAGCUUCUUAAUUGCAUUGGAUUGCUCUAUGGCAGUGAUGAACGAGCUAGAACCUCUGCUCUCGACGGAUUUGAUGACAUGACCAGUCUACUAAACCGUAACAAACUGCUGAGAUCUCUGGGGAAACUCAAGUUAGUCUCGCAUGACAAGCCACCAGAACAAAAUUGGCUGCUUUGGAUCGAGGACGAGGUCAGACGACGGACGGCCUAUUUAGUAUGGCUUAUGGACUGUACUGUUGCUUAUCAUUUCGACAAGCAGCCGUCCUUUUCACUCGAAGACGGCCAAGCCGUGCUUCCUUCUCAUGAGAGGCUAUGGCAAGCAGAGUCAGCCCAUGUUUGGCAAGGACUUUUCGAACGCAACCCAGGCCAACCCGAGCUUUCUCUAUACGAUGCUGUACUGAUCAUGUACAUUGAAAAGAGGCUUGUGUCAGAUAUCGGAGAGCUGAGUCACAUUCUGCUGAUCCAUGCUCUUUACCAACGCAUGUGGGAGGUUGGCGACUACUUCCGCCGACCGUUGUCAUUCUGGAAUCCGACCGCGAAGAAACAGUCUCGACACACGGCGAUCCCGUCCGGAUCCGUCUGGCUUCCCGGGAUUCCAUCGUACUCCAAGUGGCGCAACAGUGCAUGUGAUUCCUUGGACAUACUCCAUUGGGCCGCCAACAGCGCGGUGGCCACAGCUGCUGAUCUUCGCAACCCCACGAUCCUGCAUCUCCACUCGGCUCGGAUCGUUCUCCUUGCUCCCUUCCGGGAGAUCCGGUCUCUGGCCCAUUCGCUUGUGACCGACAGGGUCCGCUGGAGCGACCGGCAUCAGAGCCUGGAGUGGCACUACAUCCUACGGUGGGUCAAGCACGACCAGUUCAAGGCCCGCCUCGCCAUCAUCCAUGCCGGCGCGACCCUUUUACACGCGCGCGGGAACACCAGCCACGCGUUCCACGAACCGGUCGCCGUGUUUCUGGCGACCCUGGUGCUGUGGGCUUAUGGCGCCUGCUACGCGCAACUGCCCGACCGUGUCCGACCGGACCCCGGCAAGGAGUCCACUGUCAUACAUCUUGACCAGCCUUGCGAUGACGAGUUGGUUCAGAUCUUCGUCAGGGAGGGACAAGCCAUCCAGGGGGUUUUGACGGGCGUGGGGGAUAUCUGCGCGCCGCAGGGCCCGGCGGGCGUCUUGCGGGCUGGAAGCGAGACGUUCGUCGAUUUGAUGUCGUGGGGGAUAUCGAGGAAAUUCAUGUCUAUCCUUUCUAGGCUGGCGGAUAUUGUCUCGCAAGCUUGA